AGUUUCGUCUGAACAGUGCACCAAUAGACCCUUUUGCAUGUGUUAGUAUUGUAUACAUUCUGCUGACUAUUGGUAUUAAAAUUUCUCAUUUCAGACGGAGAAAAACCUGAUAUGGAAUCGAAUUGGAAGGUAUAUGACAGAACUUCGGGGUUUCGUGAUCAGCAAGCAUCUUGUGUAGACUCUAUCAAAUCGAAUUUACCUUGUCAAAAAGCUUUUAUAUGUCAGAGACUAGAUUGUAGCGAUAUUUCGGAUUCACUUCAGUCUAAAGUACAAGACGACUCUUUUGCUUCCUUGAAUAAUUCUCAGAAAGAUGCCAAAUGCUUUAUUUCGAACAAACCAGAGUCAGAUAGUUCUCAUCGACUCGUGCUCAGAAAACCUUCAGACAAUCAUCUGAAAAAUCCCGUGUUGGAGAGCUCUUCCACGAGCCCUUGGAAAGCAUCUAUAUGCACGCAGGAAGGCAACUCGGUCUCCGUGAAAACGUCUUUAUCUACUGAUAACGUACUUGGUAGCGAGUUCUUCACUCCUCACUCGCCUGCUUGUCCGCAGCUGUUGCAAGCACAUCGACGUAAUUCUUACACCGUUCAGAUAUGUACCAAUCAAAAACAAAAGCAGCGUAGCGUUGAGAAAAUUCAAGAUGACCAUAUGGUUUUUUUUCUUGAGGAGCAGGCCCCAGCAACUGUGCGUGACGCUUGUACCAACGAUGGUUCUGAGAGUUCUGAAGACCCUCUUAUGUGCGUUCUGUUCGAUCGUGAUUCCUUAAAGUUUUUAUUAAAGACAAAGUUCUCGGAAUCACUCAAUGUUGACGAAAAGAGUCGUCAGUGGAUUAAUGGAACGCCUCGGGACUCCAAUUGUUACUCAUUGGAUACCUGUGAUACGAAAGAAAGGCAUCCAUCGUUGUCGUUUGCAUAUCAUAGAGAAUUUGCAGCUAUUAGCAAUGUUUUCACACGAGCAACCGGCAGUCGAAGCUCUGCGACUAAGAGUCAAAUUUCGAGGACACACUUGAACAUUGAAGGAAAAAAAUAUGACAUAUGCAAUAAUUGCUUAGAUGAUGAGAAAGGUUGGUGUUCUCAGGGGGAUUUCCGGUUAUCAUGGCCGAGGCAUUUUAAUUACAAGUCUGUUCCUAAAUGUGUGUUAGAUUUGGUCGAUUUGAGAGUUUUAGAACUUGGCUAUCAUGUCGAGAUGGGCGUUAUUGAUGCCAAGAUCCCCAAAGCACCGUUUCUAUACCAUAAUUACGAGUACACUGCUUAUUAUGCAAAAUAUUUUAAUGAGAUAGAUUGCAUAAACUACAUAGGGCGCAAUGAAGAGUCUGAUACUCAUUGGGUUGUGUCAGUUGAAAAGUUUAUCCGUAGAGAAAAACAAAGUUAUCUGAAGGUGCUCGCAUGGAAUGGAGAAUGUUAUUAUUUUCCUAGGCUUGAUGUUAGCCUUUUACGUUUUGGAUUAAGCAAUUUUACAGAAAUGAUCAGAAAUGUUAGUAUGAGAACGCUGCGGUUUGUCUGCGAGCAGCAGAUUCCAGGAUUGGCAGGGGUCAGACUUUCUCGCGUACGAAGUCCAAAAUUGAGGCAUGAAUUACUAUCGAUGGAACAAAAGGAAGUUUCUAUGGGAUUUACAUAUAAGUUUGGCGUUCUUUAUGUGAAGCCUAAUCAGACUGAGGAUGAGAUUUUUGCUAAUUCCGAUCCCAGUCCUGCUUUUUUAGAGUUUUUGGAAUUUUUAGGAGAUAAAAUCCGCCUUUUCGGUUGGGAUAAAUUCCGCGGUGGGUUGGACGUUGAAAACCAGACAACCGGUGAAUAUUCUAUUUAUUGCUCUAUUCGUGGACUUGAAAUAAUGUUUCAUGUUUCUACUCUUCUUCCUUCCCAAGCAGUUGAUGGUCAAUGCGUAGAUAGAAAAUGUCAUAUCGGUAACGAUAUUGUCGUUUUCGUCUUUCUCGAAGAAGGGUGCGAACCUUAUUUGGCUACUAAACUGACUUCGAAGUUCGUGCAAGUCCAAUAUAUUAUCCGGGUCUGUCCUGGCACAGGCACUGGUCAAGAUAACCCUACUAAAUACGCUCUUGCCGUCAUUACCAAGUCGGGUGUUGAUGCCCAUCUUCCUCUACUUCUUUCACCAUCGAUCUAUGAAAAAACUCCGCAAUUCAGAGAUUUCCUCCUUACAAAGGCUAUUAAUUCUGAGAGAACCGCUCUUCUAUCACCUGAAUUCCGUUCCAAGAUCGUUCAGAGUAGACGCACUUUUCUAAAGUACAUCUAUAAUAAAUAUGCUUGAAACCUCAAAGUCGAACCUACGUAUCGUGUUAUUCUUCUGAUUACUUGAAAAUACACGCACUCUGAAAAUCCUCGAGUUUUAUUGUUUUGUUUCUUUAGCUAUCAGAAU